AUGCACAUGGAGAACUAUCAGAAAACCGGAGACAAGUGUGGGGAGGCUACAAUGAAGCUUGCGUUGGCCAACGUUUACCUGGAAGCCAACCGCCUCCAGGAUGCCCUGCGAUGGGCCAUGGAGGCUCAAGAGGAGUUCAAGGCCUCCCAGCUAGAGGAGAAAGAGGUCUCCGCUUACUUGACAAUGGCAAAGGCCCUGCUGGCCAAGUGCGACGCGGCCGAGGCCUUGCAGACAUCGCAGAGAGCACUAGCUAUUGCAGAAGAGGUCGGGGACAUGAGGGGCGAGGCGCUUUCCUUGCAGUGUCUGGCCAAGGCCCUGUGCCAGAGCCAGGAGAUAAAGGAGGCCAUCGAUGCCGCCAGGAAGUCGCUGACCAUCUUCCGCCAGUCGUCUGACUACAAGCAGCAGGCAGCGUCACUGCUUGCAGUGGCCUCCAUUCACUUGGCCCGUGAGCGGCCGCAGGAUGCGCUGCGAAGUGCUAAGGAUGCACAGCACCUCUCAAAGCGGAUCGGCGAUUCCAGAGGAGUGGCGCAUGCCCUGGUCGUAGUGGCCGAGGCUCAAGUAGAAAACGACGAGCAGCGUGAGGCGAUGGUCUUGUUGAAGGAGGCGCAGGACCGAUACCAGGCUUUGAAGGAUGUCCGCGGAGAAGUCGAAGCACUUCGGGUUAGAGCCAAGGCUGAGAGCUCCAUGUGCAAGCGCAACGAGGCGCUUUCCUCCCUUCAGGAGGGUGUUGAGCUGGCAAGACGCAUCGACGACAAGGUGGCGGAGGCGACGCUUCUCCGUCAGACUGCACGGGUCAAGAUGAACCUGCUGCGCUUGGAGGAGUGUGAGCAGCAUCUGAACGAAGCCCAGGGCCUUUUUCGUGAUGCACAGCACUGGCGUGGAGAGGCAGAUGUGCUAGAGCUGCUGCUCCGGCAGCAGAUCCAGGUAACCUCGAGAGAUGCUGUGGGAACGGCGGAUGAGUGGCGGGCUCUCUUCUACGACGCAGGCGAUCGGAAGGGUGAGGCAAACUGCUUGCGCGAAGCAGCGCGGAUGUUCUUCACAGCUGGCUACGAGCAAGAUGCAGAGUCAAGGGCCCAAGAGGCACUCGCUAUAUUCCAGGAGCUCGAGGAUCAGACAGGUGAAGCUCGAACACAACUGCUUCUGGCCGAGGUCCACUCAGGAUUUGGAGACGUGCGCCGCGGAGUACAGACGGCGGAGGAAUCCCUGGAGCUCUUCAAGCGGAUUGAGGAUCCCAAGGGCCAAAGCGAUGCCUACGCGGUCCUUGCACGAGUGCAGAUGCUCGAAGAUGGUGGAGAUGCAGAGGAGGCUGCUUCUGCUGCGGAGAAGUCCUAUCAGCUUGUGAAGCGAGCGCGGAAAGGAUGGGCGACGCGCCGCAUCGAAGUGAUCUCUCUCCAGCUCCUAGCCGAAGCAGGGGUGGCCAAACUGGUCAAACUGGCAGGGGAUGAGGACGUCCAGGACAAGAGCCAGGAAGAGCAGGACAUGUUGCAGGGCAUUUUUGACAAGGCGCACCGAGCUGCAGAAAUGGCGGUAGAUCGUGCCGGCUCCAUGGAUGAUCGCCGCAUGGAGGCUAGCGCAAUGCGCACCUUGGCCAAUGUCUGCCUUGUUUGCAGCGAUACGGAGACGGCUGCCGAAGCAGCCAGAGAGGCCUUGAAGAUUGCCCAGGAGGUUGGAGACAAGAAGCUGGAAGGUACCAUGCUCUGCAUCAAUGCAGAGGUGAACGUUGUGGAAAACUAUAUGGGCAAGGCGAAUGAGCAGGCGAAGCAGGCGCUUGGCAUCUUCCGUGAGUUACGGGAUGCUGAGGGCGAGGAGUAUGCAAAGAGCAUUCUGGACCAGAUGUAUGGCACUUCCAGGGGAGGUGUUGCAGCAGGACCGGGUGCUGGAGUCCCAGCUUACGAGACUGGGAUGCCCACAGCAGCAGCUGCUGCAUCUUCUGUGGCCAUGGCCGUGUCAGAGGGGCCAACGCGGGAGUACAUCAUGGAAGGCCUGCGCCAGCUUUCCAAGAAUGUUGUGGGUGACGACAUUGAUAUGGAUUCGCCACUCAUGGAAGCUGGAAUGGACAGUCUGUCCAGUGUCGAGUUCCGCAACCAGGUCCGAAAUUUGGUACCCGGCAUCAAUUUGCCUGCCUCUAUGGUCUUCGAUUACCCGCUGGACGCGGAGAUGAAGGGCUUCGUCGAUGGUUGCAUGGCAAAGCUCGGAGCGGCAAUGGACCAGGUGGUCGGGGCUACGGCAGUGGAUCUGGACUCCCGCUUUGCUUCCAUUCGCACAAAGGAGACGAACAUCGGCAACUUUGUCACGGAUGUGAUGCGGCACGCCCUGAAGGCGGACGUAGCGAUGCUCAAUAGUGGCACUUUGCGGGCAGAUGCCGUUAUCGAGCAAGGUGAAAUCAAAGUCAGGGAUCUGGUGAAUCUGCUACCCAUGCUGGACGAGCUGUGCUUGUUACAGCUUUCUGGGGCGCAGGUUCUGGAGGCGCUGGAGAAUUCUGUCUCACAGUACCCUCGUCUUGAGGGCCGGUUUGCGCAGGUCAGUGGCGUGUCCUUUCAGUUCGAUGCGGCAAAGCCGCCGAACCAUCGGAUCGUUGAUGGCAGCGUGCGGAUCGGCACAGACCUUCUCGAUUUGGAGAAGAAUUACAAGCUUUGUACAAAGGACUACCUGCGCCAAGGGAAAGACGGCUACGACGUCUUCAGGGAAGGCAUCUGCCUUGCGGAUGGUGAAACGGCCGGGAUCCUGCCCUCGCUGGUGAGGGACUGCUUUGCAAAUCUGGACAUGCUGAACGGGGAGAGCGAUGUGGCGAAGCGUUCCUCCACCUUCAACGCGGUCAGGAUGCUGGAGACUUUUAGCCCAUCCAAAGUCGGUGAUGGACCCGAGAUGCUCAAGCGGUAUGCCAUUGAUCCCGUGGUUGAGGUCGUUUCUUCUCUUUUUCUGAAGCUGGCGGAGGACAAGGUUCUGUUGAAGGGAACAGGAUUCGUCGCCUGGCGCUUCACUUUGCGCGACCUCUGGUUGCAGCGGCUACAGCUUCACAAGAGGAAAAGGAAGCACAUGCUGCUUGGCAGAGCACAACAGUUGCCCACAGUAAAGUCUUUCGUGAAAGGGCUGCUGGCUCAUCUCCUCAUUGUCCCACCUUGGGUCAUCCCACCAGGGUUACUUCUGGGCAGUUUGCUAACUGCUGGAGCUCCUUUUGGCGCAAAGGGCCUCGUGGCCACCAUGGGUGUCGGAACUGGACUCAUGGCGGGUCCCAAGGCACUGCGACCUGCUUUGUGUGCGUUGGUCUUGCUCUUGGCAGCCAAAGCGAAGAAGGGCACAGCGAUGGCCGGGGCUAUCUUUGCCUCAUUCCUGACAUGGCUGGUCACUCGGUCGGGAACCAUUUCUCCAAAGCCUGAGUUCUUCCGCUUCGUCAGCACGUGGGCAAAGGACUUCUACACUGAAACUGCAUUGCGCGGUGCCUUGAGCGACAUCCGACCUACGAAGAGCUUCUUCGGCUUCCAUCCGCACGGAUGUCUCUGUGCUGGGUUCACCAUCAAUGGUGCCUACAACCCAGACUUCAUCCGAGCCGCCACCCGAGUGGCGUGGCUAUGUGACAACAACCUGAGGCACAAGAACCCUGGUUUUCAGCUGAUGAGCGAGGCAUACCAAGCCGAGGACAGAGCAAUCGAGGCCUGUGAUCCUGAAGGUUUCAAGCUGCAGAUGUCCAAAGGUGUGAAUGUCGCUUUCAUUCCCGGCGGCUUUCUGGACGCAGUUGCCUUCGAGUUUGGUAAGGAUGUCUGCGUCCUUCGCAAGAAGAAGGGCUUCAUCAAGUACUGCCUUCAGUGCCUCGGACGAAAGGCACCAAGAUUGUCCAAUCACAUCCAAUCAACUGCACGAGCGAGGUACGGAUACCGCGCCCACCCUGUUUACACCUUCGGAGAAUGUGAGACGUAG